AUGUCGCAUAUCCGGGCCAAGCCUCCGAGGCGGCCCACCGGGGGACCGUCAAUCGUAAUCCCGCGGGGGGCACGGACUUCCUACCUGCAGCCAGCUCGUGUAAGCGGACCCGAUAAUUAUCCUGACCCACAAGAACGUAAGGCCAGCACAGGAGAAUCUGUAGUCCUGCACACUUCCCCCGGCGCGCAGCCGGAGGUGGAUGGGAUUGCUAGUAUUGCAGGUCGUACGACGGCGGCGACGCCGCUCCUUUACCCAAACGACAACGAGGUCGACGAGCAGAACCGGCGCGCCAGUGUUUUCGACAAGGUCGAGCGGCGGUUCUCCUCGGUUUCCGGCAGCAAGCGCGAGGCCUACAAUUCCCUGCUGCACAUGUGUUCCGAUGACGUGAUCCGGGCGCACGGGUACGACCCCAACCGCUGGUCCUACCAAAUCUACGAGUCGCAGUGGAUGACGGGGUUGCUGGUGGCCGUGGUGGCCGUGAACGUGGUGCUGAUCGGGUUUGAAGCCGCUGAGCCGAGUGCGGAGGACGACGUGUUCAUGUUUUCCACGUGGUGGUACGUGGAGCUGGUGUUCUUCGCGAUCUACCUGAGCGAGCUCUGCCUCCGCCUGCACGCCUACGAGAGACGGCGCCUCUUCUUCGUACGCGGCGACUGGUUCAACAACACGCUCGACUCGUUCCUCAUCGUGCUGCAGAUCUUCGAGCUGGUCGCCUCUGGGGCGAUUCAGGUGGACCUCGGCUUCCUCAAGAUGAUCCGCCUCGCGCGGCUCACCAAGCUGAAGUGCAGCGAGUCGAUCAUGCUCAACUUCGCCGUGUUGGUAUCCAAGUGCACAAGAACUCCCCCACGACCUCCGCCGCGUCAUUUGUCAUUUGCAAUAAUCCAAAUUGCUUCAAAGAAAUCCUAAUAUUUAAGCUAAAGGUAAAUGUAAAUGCUAGUCGUGAUCAACCCGUUGUCCUUGUGAUCUCGCGACAUUGCAUGCGUGACCGAUUGUGGAAGCGGCCGAGUCCGAGAGGACACGAUCACGAACAAGAACAGGAGCACCACACACUAGAACCUCCUUGAAUGUAUGUGAUCACUUUGUCAUGCAAGAGCCGCAUGCGCACGCGACCGCGACGCGCACCAGCAUCGCUUCCAGCGGCAGCGCUUCUUUUGCAACUGUGCAUGCAGCUACCAUCCAAAUGAAUCAGCUCCUGCGGUGGAACGAGUGGGCUCUUGUGCACUCGGAUAGCUGGCGCAGUCCACCUACGAGUCCGUUUUUCUCUUCUUCCUGUUGUUCCUCCUGAUCGCCGUGAACUCGACCAUCGUCAUGGUCUACCGCAAGUCUUUCGGCUCGUUCGAUGACGACCACCUGGAAACCACCUUCUUCAAGGACUACCAAAACACGGUGUUGUCGUUCGCACAGAUGACCAUGGUGGACUCGACCUUCGGCAACGUGCGCAACAUGUUCUCGGAGGCGCCGGCCCUGGGGGUGCUCUCCCUGUUGCACGUCAUCUUCGGUUCGAUCAUGAUCAUGAACAUGGUGAUCGGUCUGGUCACCGACAUCCAGUUUCGCACGCAGAAGGCCAUCAGGUUGCAAACCAAGCUGGACAACGCCGUGGCGCUGGCCAAUUGGCUGGUUGUGAAUGUUGGGGAAAUCGAUUUCAAGCUCAACUCUUUAAUCUUGGCCAAGGAAAAGAAAAAGAACGCGGCCGGGGCCGCUGCGGCGCACCAGCACUCGAAAAAGAAACAUUAUGACCUAGCCCGUCGCCCUUCGCAGCUCGACUCGUCGGAUGCGCGCGAUCUUGUCGAAGAGGCCAUGACGGUUGGAGCUCACAACAUCAAGAGUGACGCCGUGCAGUACUUCCAUAGUACUGACACGUCGCCGCACCACAAUAGUGUUUUGCGGCACGGGGGCCGGGGAGAACACGACACCAUCGAAGAGGCCAUGAAACAGCAGUCCAAGCACACGAGGCCGGAAAACGCGAUCCCGACGCGGGACGAGCAGGACAUGCACCUCAGCAAGGACAGCACGCAGCUCCGUGCGACGCAGGGGCUAACGAUUCCCAUCAGCGUGUUCUAUGACCCCUCGGUGCAAGCAAAAAUGCACGAAAUCGGAGACAUCGGCGAGGACAGCCUCCCCUCCGUCGUGAUCUCCGCCAUGCAGGAAACUGCGCGCGCGGCCGGCAUCCUGGACGAUGCCGAGUUGCGGUCUGUGACCGCGUUGUCCGUCGCUGAGGCCGUGUACAUGCGCGAAUUGGACCUCGGCCGGGACGAUGUUAUCAACGCCAGUCAGGAAACCAAACGUGUGAGGAGCUUCGUCCACUGGAAUACCCGGUUGCAGUUUCUUGGCAUGGAGGUCCAGCGCAUGGUCCUGUACGCCCUUGGAGACGUGGCAGGUGGUUCCAACAAGAACAACGGCAAGAAACAAACAAACCCAACUCGAAAAGCAGCGCCCGGGUCCAGCAGCAAAAACACCUUCAAGGGGAAGCGAUUUCCGGAGCGUGAAGGUGUCAUGUUUUAAGUAGUUUUUUUUUACAGAAGAUAGCAAAGAUAUUACUACGCUGCAUAGGACCUCCUUCUGUUCCAACACGCACUUUAGUGAUUGCUUUUACAGAUGAGCAUGAGACGUUAAGAAUGUCCUUGUGCUUAUUUCUCGCUACUGUAAAUAGAGAUCAUGUCCACACUUCAUGUACCUGAUAGCGGAGCAUGUUCCUGUUUAGUCAUACCAAUAGUCGUCCUCAAAAAUGUAUUUGAAGUUGAAUCUUCCUUUCAUCCCUUUAUGUUUCCGACCUCAAAUUUUCUAGGCUCUACUUCCCCGCAUGCGCCAGAGGACAUGGAUCACGAAGAGCUGGAUGACACAAUAAGUGCCUAUGGAACAACCGCGGAAGGCGGGGCCAACAUCGAAGGACCUGAACAAGGGGGCAGUGUGGGUGCCCCGCUGGACGUGGAUGAUGUUUUGCUGCGCCACUCGCAGCUGGAGCUGCAACGGACGGCGUCAGACGCAACAACUCCUAAAGAGCGGCCCCAUGGUCGGGAAGUUGCCGAGGGGUCAAUUGUCGACGAGUCUGUGGAUCCGAGGGUGAAUGUGCGUCAGGGGUUGUUUACCAGUGCCAUGCACCAGCGGAUAGAACAAGAACACAAAAAUGCAGGCACCGCGACAGACAGGGGCCCAAGAGGUGCUAAAGAUCUGACCUCUGUUAAUGUUUCGAGCGGGCAAGAUCUAGACAGUGUCGAUCCAUCGCAGGACAUGCUCGAAGAAUUGAAUGUGAUACGCAAGCAACAAAACGCCAUCCAUGGUUUAUCAAAAACGGACGACCUGCCGGCCGAGGUGUACAAGCGGCUCAUUCUGGAGCGCUGUGCCGUCGUGAGGAACACGGCGGGAGCUGGUUCGUCCAAGAAAAUCGGUGAAGAAGCCCGCCAGUCAGCUGCAUUCGCGGAACCACUCAGCACCGAAGAUCCAACGAGACGAGAGCUGGCCUCAACUUCAACUACCUACCUGACCCUAGCCGACCCACGCGACUCCAGUACUACAUCAGAGGCUGACGUCAUGUACAAGUUUCUGCACCAAUUGUACAGCAAGUGCGAUGCUGUUAUGCUGCCGUGCACAACUCGCUUCUUACUCACAUUUGUCUAUUCCACCCUGGCCGGCGGCCGCGGCCCAUCGAAGUUGCGAAGAUAUUUGCGUUUAUCCUUUAUUCUGGUUCGUGAUUUGUGGAACCACGCGAAUUGAACUUCGCCAAGUUUAUCUGUGGAUCGAGCGGAUCAUAAAAAAACGGACUUGCUAACAGCUUUCGCUUUCGUGCAUGAGUGUAGUAAGCUAUGUGUCCGGAUCAACAGAAUGUAAUCGUAUCUAUGAACAUGAGUAGCAGCCUCAUCUUUGAAAAAUGUUGGCGGGCUCGAAUUUAUUUGUUGAGGGUGAAGCGAUUUGCGCAUCUCAUAGCGGAAGACCUGUUUCCCUGUGCCGGAACGAUGGCCUCCCGAACUGUCGAGAUCAUCGAGGACGUUGUGCGGGAACGGCCGUCCAGUUCUGUCGCCCAAGUUCCGCUUAUGAAAAGGACAAUCACAAUUUUUUAUUCGUCUCUGGUCCUCUCAAAAGCCGUCUGGUCACGACAUUGCAUGGUAUUGUUUACGAGGAUGAGUUUGAAGAACAGAUAUUUGUAUCUGUUCCUCGUAAGGCUAAAGUUGUCUUAUCUAAAGAUGCGCUCCUGCAUUUCGCCUUUCAUCUGCAUAUAAUCGACUCGGGGGUGUGGAUCAGAAAGCAUUCUUAAAGAACAUUUGUACCGUUGGUAGACGCCAAUUCCAAAUCGUAGAUGUACUGUAAAAAUAGCCAAGAAGACUUGGUUUUUUCAUCUUCCUCCUGCUUAUUAGUGUUAUGCUUGUGGUCAGCGUGGACCGGCGUUUGUACCGUAGAGGCGCUUGCAUUUUGUCCUUUCCAUACCGGUAUCGGAAGUACUGCAGGAGACGAUCCAAGACUCCCUGCGGAAGGAGUUGCUGCAGCACGGUCUCACGGUGGACACACAAAUCCUACGAACCAAGAUCGGACAAAACAUUUCGUGA